GGUGAACCCAACAAAAAUUAUCACAAUACAGUGGCUUAGCCUUGAGGCUUGAGCAUGGACAUCCUAAAACAGCCCAACCUUACCUUAGCCGUAGAAUAAUGCCUACGAAUGGCCAGUGCAUUGUUGAGCAAAACCACCUCGGAUUGGUGCGUCAACUUGCUUUGUCCCAGAUACCCUUCUCCCCCUCCUAUUUUAUCUCACCCUCCCACUCUUCUUCUCACUUGGAGACCCUUUCGCGAUUUUUUCUCUACUAAAAGAUUGUCAACAUUUUUAGCCAUGGACGGAUCUAAAGCUGGUCCAUUAAAGGAGCUACCUCUGGGGAUAGAUGCAACAACUGAGGAAGAAUAUGCUUCGCAGUCUAAGUUACUUCAAGAAUUCACUAGCAUUUCCAGCAUUGACAAGGCAUGGAUUUUUAAAUCUGACAGUGGAAUUGGCUCCCAGGCAAUGUUUUCAAUUAGUCAACCAAAUCUUUUGGCAAACAAGAGGAAGAAAUUCAUUCUAUCCUCUCAUAUUUCAAGAGAAAGUAACAAUUCUGUAAACUUCCAAUGGGCCCCAUUUCCUGUUGAGAUGACGGGAGUCUCUGUAAUUGUUCCAUCUCCGUCUGGCGCAAAGCUUCUUGUAGUACGCAAUCCUGAAAAUGAAUCUCCCUGUCAAUUUGAAAUUUGGGGCCGAGCUCAAGUGGAAAAAGAAUUCCACAUCCCCCAAUCUGUUCAUGGCUCAGUAUACGCUGAUGGAUGGUUUCAGGGAAUUUCUUGGAACUCUGAUGAAACUCUUGUUGCUUAUGUUGCUGAGGAACCAUCUCCCUCCAAGCCCACAUUUACAGGCCAGGGCUACAAGAAAGGUAGCUCCACAGAAAAGGACUUUGGUAACUGGAAAGGUCAAGGGGAUUGGAAGGAGGAAUGGGGGGAAACCUAUGCUGGAAAAAGGCAGCCUGCACUUUUUGUCAUCAACAUUAACAGUGGAGAGGCACAAGCUGUUAAAGGAAUUGAAAAGUCUUUGAGUGUUGGUCAAGUUGUGUGGGCGCCACCAGUUAGAGGUUCACAUCAAUAUUUGGUUUUUGUUGGGUGGUCAGAAGGUACCAGAAAGCUCGGUAUCAAGUACUGCUUUAAUAGGCCCUGUGCCUUGUAUGCGGUUAGGGCACCAAAUUUUGAAUCAGAAGCUGAUGGACCUGAACUCAAAGAUAAUUCAACUGAAGAUGUUCCUGUGGUAAAUCUAACUCAAAGCAUAAGUAGUGCUUUCUAUCCACGGUUCAGCCCAGAUGGAAAAUUCCUUUCGUUUUUAUCUGCAAGAAGUUCUGUGGACUCUGGGGCACAUUCUGCAACAGAUUCUCUUCACAGAAUAGAUUGGCCAAUUGAUGGACUGCUAUCCUCAUCUGCAAAAAUUGUUGAUGUGGUUCCCGUUGUAAUGUGUGCUGAGGAUGGUUCCUUCCCUGGGCUUUACUGGUCAAGUUUCCUUAGUAAUCCAUGGCUUUCGGAUGGAUGCACGAUGAUCAUAACUUCCAUAUGGGGCAGCUGUCAAGUAAUACUUUCUGUGAAUGUGUUGAGUGGAGAAGUAAUACGUAUCAGCCCUACUGAUUCAAAUUCAUCAUGGAGUGUUCUGACACUGGAUGGGGACAAUAUCGUUGCUGUGUCUAGCAGUCCAGUAGAUGUACCUCAUAUCAAGUAUGGUUAUCUUGUUGAUAAGGAAAGUAAAAGUACCGCAUGGAGUUGGCUAAAUGUACCAAGCCCCACAAAUGAAUGUUCUGAGAAGGUUAAAUCUUUGCUCUCAUCUCUUCAAUUCAGUAUAAUGAAGAUUCCCCUCAGGGAUGUUUCUGAUAGCGUAACAAAAGGUGCUGCCAAACCAAUUGAAGCUAUAUUCGUGUCUUCCAAAACUAAAAGAAAUGAUCCAUUUGAUCCAUUAAUUGUAAUUCUUCAUGGAGGCCCGCAUUCUGUUUCAUUAUCAAGCUUUUCAAAGUCUUUAGCAUUUCUCUCUUCAAUUGGGUUCAAUUUGUUCAUUGUAAAUUAUAGAGGUUCACUGGGCUUUGGUGAAGAAGCACUUCAGUCUCUUCUAGGGAAAGUUGGGUCCCAGGACGUGAAUGAUGUACUGGUGGCUAUAGAUCAUGUAAUUGACUUGGGCCUUGCCAGUCCAUCAAAACUUGCAGUUCUUGGUGGUUCUCAUGGUGGCUUUCUCACAACCCACUUGAUUGGCCAGGCACCAGAUAAAUUUGUUGCGGCAGCAGCUAGGAAUCCUGUUUGUAACCUCGCAUUAAUGGUGGGUACAACAGACAUCCCUGAUUGGAUCUAUGUCGAGGCCUAUGGAAGUGAGGGUAAAAAUAGCUUCACAGAUGCACCUUCUGCUGAGCAUCUGACUCUCUUCCAGAGCAAAUCUCCUAUUGCACAUGUCUCGAAGGUCAAAACACCCACCCUUUUUCUUUUGGGUGCUCAGGAUCUUCGUGUUCCAGUUUCUACUGGGUUGCAAUAUGCUCGGGCAUUGAAAGAGAGAGGAGUUCCUGUCAAAGUCAUUGUGUUUCCUAAUGAUACUCAUGCCAUUGAGAGGCCACAAUCGGACUUUGAGAGCUUUCUGAAUAUUGGUGUGUGGUUCAAGAAGUAUUUGUCGUAAAUUAGCCGGCAUUUCUCCCCUGCUUUUACCGCCACAAUUCGACUUCAAGAGCUUACUUAAUAUUGCUGUUUUUAUGGGCAGUAGAAAUCUAUAAUGCAAUGCUGUCCAUUAAAAUUACACUUUCACAAAAAUAAAAUAAAAUAGUUACACCCAGUAGGUUGGAUCUACUUAUAACCAAACUCUUGACUUUGAACUUUUUGAACUGUCCAAGCAUUUGUCCAUCAUGUACAAUCUUCAGUCUGGAUGAGAUAUUAAAAGUUACAGUUACUGAAAUCACUAUAGAAUUGUGUAAUUGUUUGUUUGAAUCAUACUUGUCGUUGGCUUGUUUA